UCCACACCAACACACACAACAUGAAGCUGCUCGUUCUCGCCGCCGUGCUGGCCGUGGCCGCCGCCGCCCCCAGUCGCAGCUACGCUGCCCCCACGUACGCCCCCAAGGUGUACCAGAUCCUGAUGCAGGAGGCAAAGCUCCGCGACGACCAAUCUUACGACUCGCAUUUCGAGACUGAGAACGGCAUCUACGCCUCCGAGUCGGGCAGGCCGGUGGAGGGAUACGGCGAUGACGAGGAGAGCUACGACGUCAACGGCCAGUUCAGCUACACCGGUGACGACGGUGUCGUCUACAAGGUGGUCUACGUGGCCAACGGGAACGGCUUCCAGCCGCAGGGCGCCCACCUGCCCACCCCGGUGCCCACCGAGUACCCGACCCCGGAGGCGUCUGAUGAUGAUGACGAUGAGGAGGAGGAGCGUUACGAGGCUCCUGAGGAGGAGGACGAUGAUGACGAAGCUCCCGCCGGCUACUACCAGCCCCAGUAUGAGCGCGUCAUCGUCGGCUACAGGCCCCGCUACCAGUAGAUCCAAACGUCCGACACAUGUCCAUGAUGUGACUGACGUCUGGCUUUCUAUAACGCGAUGUGACACGAUACCGACCGGUGGAAAAUAACUCAUUAUUUGUGUGUUUUAUGUUAUUUAUUUUCUCGUUUGUGUGUUUGUGUGCGUUUGUCCGUUUGUUUCGUUUACCCACGGUAUUUAUUUCUUGAAUACAAAGACUCAAUUGA